AUGGGUGGAAAGAAAUUUGAAAUUCAAUACAAGCAUCUGAUGUAUAAUUUUAGAUGUUUUCCUGAGCUAUUUUCAAAUUUGUACAAAAGUCAAGCUGGAAGCAAUCUUUUACUCAAAUACCAACUGAAUAUAGAACAAAUCGAACAAAUGAACGAUGAAAAUAUACGUGCUGCAAAUUUGUGUAGUACACGAAUGGGUCGAGUACAUCAAAUGUGCAAUGAACAAGCAGAAAGUAUUCUUCAAAUGCAUAAUACCUUAAAAACAGUACCAAAAAUAUCUAAGCAAUUGAGUUCGCUUUCUGCACAGCUCGAAAAGUUGAAUCGAUUUCUUACUCAAACCGAGUUGGCAAUGACACAUUUAGAAGCAAUAAUUGCUAUAGCAAAUAAUGAGGAAUUAAUCGAAAAAAGAAAAAAGGUCUUGAGGAAACAGAAGGAAGAACUUUUGGAGAAAGAUGAGAAGGAACGGCAUUGGAUUUCGAAACAGCCAAAUCUUUCUAUUUCAGAAGAAGUCAAAUUUCGAGACUCCAAAGAUAUAAGGGAAUGUGAAGAAAUGAUGCUGGAAGAAUUUUUAAAUCAAUAA